GUGGUGGCUGCAGCUUGUGCCCACACCGCCUUGUUCCAAUUCGCCGCAUCACUAGCGUUGCCUGCAGUUAUCAUUCACAGUGUCGUGCACCAGGUGCAGCACGUCCUUGACAAGCCUCGCUUCGCGAACCGGCCGACUCUGCUCCGGUAUGGACCCAGCGCCGUCGGCUUGAGCAUCGUACCUUUCCUCCCGUUGCUCGAUCCACCAUGUGAGUGGGUCAUCGACUUCUUGUUCGACCGUUGGUGGCCUGGUUGGCGAUCAU